GUAACCAAUUUUGAGUACUACUGGGCGGGAAUGAGUUUUAUUUUAAAGCAGAAUCUUCACUCGAAAGAUCAUUAGAUUAUCUUAAUUAGACUUUUUCAAAUAAUCUCCCCUUCUGUCUCUUUCACUCUUCUGACCACUCACCCAUGCGGUUAGUUAGCGCGCAUUUUCAAACUUAAACGUGUGUCAUCAAUAACAACCAUUUUAAUCAGAGUUAUGGAGAACGUUGAUUCUGAAUCGAAUCUAGAAUUGAAAGUGAAAGUAAAUCAUCCAAAGUCUGAAGCAGUAUGGACUACAAGGGAAGAUGAAUUCCUUUCUUGCCAGGAAACUUUGGACCGUUCUUCUCCUACUAUAUGGCCUCAAUCUGUUCCUGGUUUACUGGAUUUUAUGAAGAAAAGUGAACCCGAAUGGAAGUUAGGGGAAAGUGAUUGGGAUUUAUCAAAAUUAGAGAUGCUGGAGGCAGAUGACUAUGAACUGAUUUAUUGUUUUCGUGACUCAAAGCCGAACCAACUGAUGGAACAGAUACAAGAGAUUAACGAUUAUGCCUACCAAUUGAAUAUUGAAGAAUCUAAAGAAGUGAAUCGAGGUAUCAUUUUACAGAUUUUUGAUGAUAAAUCUGAGCAAAACAGUUAGUUGUAUUAGACUAAGCAUAAUAAAUAUUUUCAAAUUACUAAA